CGAUUUCUUGCCUCAAUAUCGCGAAACAGCUCGAUUGAAGGCCACCAGCGCCAGCGUCAAUUCACCCCAACGAUGUCCUAGAAACGAAGCGACUCGGCCAUGCAAUCUCUUUGGUCGAGAGCUGGCCAGGCUCACCGCUGCGGCUGCCGAGUUUGUGAUGUCGCCGUCAGCACCCUGGGCCGCCGAGUUACAACAGCUGCGACUCGACCACGGAAGCCGACCUUUACCGAAAUUUUCACUGCAUGCUACAGUACCAUGUUUGCGAGCGCCGCCGUCGUCGAUGCAAUCCGAAAAGAAGACCAGAGGCGGGAAUUGGAUAGCCAAUUGGAGGACGCCCGGCGUGAGCUGGCCGAACUGCAGAUCGUACGGGCCAUGGAGGCGAAACGGAUCGCAGCGAAUGUCGACGCCAGCCAGCCCGAAUUGACUCUCGAUCAGAUGAAUGCAUUGUGGGAUUCCUUAAAGGAGGUAUGCGCAAGUCGUCCAUUCAUGAAGGAAAUCAACAAACCGGUUACCCUGAGCGUGUCCGAGCUCCUCGCGCGACUUCAUGACGAGCACUAUCACAAUCCCGAUCCUGCGACAAUGCAAGCCCUGAGGCAGACGGACUACGAACGCCUUGAACUCGCUAUCCAGGAAGAGGAGCUGGAUACCAAUAUUCAUCGACGAGAACCGCAAACCCGGGAACAAUUGCACCGCGACUCGAGAACGGUCGUGAACUUAGUUCGACAACUUCUCAAGCGUGCCGAAGUCAAGGACGAAUCCUCACACCCCUGCCCGAGCGUCACCGAAGCCUACACAUUGGCUAAUAGACAUACUCACUCAUUUACGUUCGCCUCUAUCGAUCCGCCCCAAGCACGAAAAAGCACAUACUUGUUGAACCGGCAGCUUCGAGAGAUUAUCAACUCUCCAAGCCUCGGGCUCAAGGAGAUAGUGGGCAGAGUGUGUUACAACAUUCUUGUAUCUGCCUACCCACCGGAUAUGCACACAUACAACACUCUAAUCGUUGGAUUUGAUAAGCUCGGACACAAGUCCCUGGCUGAGUCCCUGGUUAACUCAUAUUUUCACAAACGCCGCAUAUAUCCGACGCCAUCUACGUUCGUUGCCUUUGUUAACCAUUACAAGGACUCAAGUAAUGCUUUGGAAUUCCUACGCAUGAUUGCCUGCAUUACCGGAAUCGAUACACAGACUGGUGCCAAAAUUGCACGGAGGCUCCGAAAAGACAUUGAGCAACUGGAAGCAUCACCUGAGUGGGCGCGCGGCGAGGGCAUGACAACCGCCGGUGAUUGGGUCAAUAAGAACGUUCCUCUGGACCAACCCCUGAUAGAGGCCAUCCUCAACGGGCUUCUUGAUUUCAGGAUGUUUGACCAAGCCGUAACAUUCUUUUUGAGUUGCAUGAAUGCGAGCGUUUCAGUAAACACAAGCGUCAUCAGGCGGCUCUUUGACGAGUGUAUUCUUGCUCUGGACUGGAGGGCUGCGGUACACCUCAUUCGAGGCUUCACGCAUGGCCAAAACAUCGUCCCUUCAAUGCUUGGUCGAGGAGAUGAGAAGGCGUACCUCGUCAGCCGACUUCGCGUCCUAGUUGACAUUUGCGGCCUCAGCAGGUCUGGCCAGACCGUUUCCAAAUCAGCACUAGCUAACUUGGACAUCCCCAGCACCAAGUUUGGCCAGUUCAUGAAAGCUUUAGCUGAAGCCGAUGGCACCUCGGCACUAAACACGGAUCGCUCAAACAGCACACUAGCCCAGUCUGAACUAGACCAAGCUGCAAGUUCUUCGAGGAGCAGGUUGCUACAAAUUGAAAGCAUGCUGAGGGAGCUGAGAUAUGUGGAAAGGGAAACGUGUGGCGUUGAGAGCAAACUUCUGUACCCGUACUUUUCUCUCGAGUUCCGUACCUCGAUGGCCUUCUUUCUUGGGGAGUGUAGGAUACAGCACUCAAUUGAGCUGGAACAGGAGUGUGCGGAUGCGUUCUCGCAGAUGAAGCAGUCAAGGCAACCGAAAGAGGAAAGGGGAAAAAGAAGAAAGCUUGAGGAUGAAGAAGUAAAGGAGUGUGAGCGCUUCCGCGACCCGAUGGGGAUUUGGGCAGGGUGGUUCAAUCCGACGACGAGAGGACUGCCAACACGGUUGCCGGCCCAAGAUGAGCGGCCGUUGCAGCUGGUGCAGAACUUCUUGAUUGGAUUGUGGCGAGGCGCAAAGUAAGAGACCAGAGAUAUCCCACUAGAACAGCGAGGUUUCACACGACACAUGUAUGUUAGUUGAGCUUUGGUUGUCGUCCAGUACAUACCAGAGGGGCGUUGUAACUGGUUGUAUAAAAUAUGCAUUAGGAUUCGAACUUGACAAAUAGCCCGGUGGAUCGACA